GCCUAACCGAGCACAUCGCCGUUCAGGUCAACAAUCCUCGUGGUCUUGGGACUAAAAGGUAUAAUUAGGGUUUAUUCUCCCAAUCGUGGCCGUAUCGCAACCACGCUAAUACCUCAUGUUUUCUGCUCUCCGAUCUCGCUACUAUUCUCUCCCUUCCCUUCUCAAAUCACCUCCAUUUCCAGAUCAGUCAUGGAAGCUAGCUCUCUCCGCUUCCCUUCCCUCCUUCUCUUCCUCCGCCAGCGGCGACGCACGUGAUAUCUCAGAGAUUCUAUCCGUUCCCGAAGUGGAGAAGAUCCUCUCCGACGUGAAGGCAGACAACGUGAUUGUGAUUCCGACGGAGAAUCAUUCUUGCUGGGCCGAUGUCACGAUAAUCGCCACCGGAAGAUCCGAUUGGCACUUGAAGAACAUCGCUCAAGCUCUCGUCUACAAAGCUAAGCAGAAGCAGAAGGGAGCUAAACAUUUAAUGCUUCCGUCUGUACAAGGUUACGAUACCAAGUGGAUUGUUAUUGACUACGGGAAGUUUGUAGUACAUGCACUUGAUGAAAAGGCGAGGGUUUACUUUAAUUUGGAGAGUCUUUGGACUGGUGAACCAUCAUCACCUAAUGAUAACUCUGAUAAGGAUUUACAAAACGCUUUUGUAAAGGUCCGACCAAUAAACAACUCCAAAAAGAAGAAGAAACCGGUUCAAGUGAGCUCUUGAUCCAGCAAAGAAGCCACUGUUCGGUUGACAAAACCGUUUGUAAUAAACAUAUUCUCAUUAUGGAUACAAUCUCCUACACGGGUUGAGGAUAGGAUUUUUCUUCCUCUAAAUUUUAUAAAAUAUUUGGUGGAGAAAAGAUGGUGGAAUACAUAAACCUGUAUAAAGUAGUAAUAUCCCGGCAAUCGGCCAAUUCAUACAUCAACAGAGGUCGUGGUCCCGAUCAGUACAUCAUCUGAUGACCUGUGUUAAAAUAUACAUCAAUGUCGAUUUAUUUUAAAUUUCAUAUAUGAAAUAAUAAAAUUAG